GUAGCCAGCUGAAUGCACAGAAAAGAACCUCUCAUUCAGGACGAAACGCUAAAAUGCAAUCUCCAACCCUUUACCUCUUUCUGCUUGUUGGACUUUCUGCUGUCCUCGCUGCUCCUCCCGAGAUUGCCAAGCCGAAAUGCCCCCCUUCAAGCAUCGAAUUGCACCUGCUGUCGAACGGCAAGAAAUACUACUUUCACACGCCAUGGGUGACCUACGAUGAAGCAAAAGGAUUUUGCGAGAGCAACAACAUGCGGCUUCCAAUCAUCGAAACGAUUGACGAACUGGACGUGGUGCUAGCCAGGGCCAAUACCACCGUCGGAGUUUCGUGGUGGGUGGACGCGUCCGACAUUGGACAGGAGCCUGGACACUUCAGGUGGGGCAACGGACAGGAGCUGCCCCGCAACAGCUCGCUCUGGCAGGAGGAGCAGCCCAAUUCGUUCGGCCCUGGAAAGAAGACGUGCGUUUUCUACUCCUCGUUUUUCGGAAAGCACCUGUUCGACACAAUCUGCGACGACAUCUACUGGGCAGUCUGCCAGGCCGACCAAGGCUGCUAGAAAGUAGAAGCCUGACCCGAACUCUGUGUGUGAAAUUUAAUAAAAAAUUUUGCUCCAUUUUGACAAA